CUCUCUCUCUCUCUCUCUAUCUCUCUCUCCAAGGGUGUGGGUGUGUACGGUGUACCCCAGUACCCAAACACAAAAACGCCCCCAAACAACUGCAACUCUCUCUCUCUCUCUCUCUCUCUCUCCCUAAAGCUCUCACGCAAAAUAUUUCAAAACUCACAGUUCUGAUUCCAAGUCUCGACCGUGCGGCUUUCUGUGUGUUCUUUUUUAUGUCUCCGUAUUCGUUGUUGUUCAACUGCUAUCCAAGUUUUAUCCUUAACUGAAGAUUACUGUGUAUAUAAGUACUUCGAAGAGCACGAAACUGGGGAAGGGAGGUUUCGUAACUGGGUUGUUCUUGAAUUCCUUCUACUUCUUAGUGGAAAUAUCGCUUUCAAUCUCUACAACUCAUCGUUGAUCUGGAAAGUCGCCUCCUUUGUUGAAGAGUUUUCCGUCAAUUAUAAUUGAUAAUUACAUUUUUGGCAAAUGGGUCUUCCUUGAAUCUUUGAACUUCACAGUAAACAAUGACUUUCCUCAAUUUCUAAGUUCAUAAACGAUGGAUCUGGUACCUGGAGUUUAUCAAAACCAUGUUAAGACAGAGUCGUGGAGGACAGUGCUGACUCUUGCUUAUCAGAGUCUUGGUGUUGUCUAUGGAGAUUUGAGCACUUCACCUCUAUACGUAUAUAGAAACACAUUUGCUGAAGAUAUCGAACACUCGGAUGGCAAUGAAGAAAUCUAUGGCGUGUUGUCCUUUGUGUUCUGGACCCUCACUUUGGUUCCCUUGCUGAAAUACGUGUUUAUUGUGCUUAGAGCUGACGAUAAUGGCGAGGGAGGCACGUUUGCGCUGUACUCGUUGCUGUGUCGACACGCCCGAGUCAGCUCACUGCCCAAUUGCCAGUUGGCAGACGAGGAGCUAUCGGAAUACAAAAAGGACAGCGUUGGUUUGGCCCCAAAGACCGGUUUUGGGUCGAGUUUGAAGUCUACGUUAGAGAAGCACCGGGUUUUGCAGAGAUUUCUGCUUGUUCUGGCUUUGGUUGGUGCUUGCAUGGUGAUUGGAGAUGGUGUGCUCUCACCGGCUAUUUCUGUUUUCUCCGCGGUUUCUGGCCUUGAGCUUUCGAUGUCAAAAGAGCAACACAAAUAUGUGGAACUUCCAGUUGUAUGCAUCAUAUUGAUAGGCUUGUUUGCCCUUCAACAUUAUGGCACCCACAGGGUUGGGUUCUUGUUUGCUCCUAUAGUUUUGACAUGGCUUUUGUGCAUUAGUGCCAUUGGUAUAUACAAUAUAUAUUGGUGGGAUCCUCACGUCUAUCGAGCACUUUCUCCACAUUACAUGUACCAUUUUUUAAGGAAAACUGAAAAGGAAGGUUGGAUGUCCCUGGGUAGUAUUCUUUUGUGCAUCACAGGUUCGGAAGCGAUGUUUGCCGAUCUCGGGCACUUUUCACAGUUAUCGAUCAAGAUUGCUUUCACGGCUGUGGUUUAUCCAUCUUUGAUUCUUGCGUAUAUGGGACAAGCAGCUUAUCUAUCUGAACAUCAUGAUAUGGAGAAUAUUGGGUUUUAUGUGUCUGUACCCGGGAAGUUAAGAUGCCCUGUUCUUGUAAUAGCUGUACUUGUUGCAGUGGUGGGAAGCCAGGCCAUCAUCACUGGAACUUUCUCAAUCAUUAAACAAUGCUCCGCACUGGGUUGCUUCCCAAAAGUGAAAAUUGUCCACACAUCAUCCAAAAUCCAUGGUCAGAUUUACAUCCCUGAGAUCAACUGGAUCUUGAUGCUGUUAUGCUUGGCUGUUACUCUUGGUUUCAGAGACACAAAGGGCUUGGGCAAUGCAUCAGGUUUGGCAGUCAUCACUGUCAUGUUGGUCACCACCUGCUUAAUGUCUCUAGUUAUCGUCCUAUGUUGGCGUUGUAAUAUCUUCUUUGCAAUUUGCUUUGUAUUCUUUUUUGGAACCAUUGAAGCUCUCUACUUCUCAGCUUCUCUUAUCAAGUUCCUUGAAGGAGCCUGGGUCCCGAUUGCCCUUUCGGCCAUCUUCAUGAUUGCCAUGCACGUUUGGCACUAUGGCACCAUAAAGAAGUACGAGUUUGAUGUGCAAAACAAGGUCUCGAUCAACUGGCUACUCAGCCUGGGUCCCAGCCUAGGCAUUGUACGAGUCCGUGGCAUCGGCCUCAUACAUACUGAACUCGUCUCUGGAAUCCCAGCAAUCUUUUCCCACUUUGUCACCAACCUUCUUGCCUUCCACCAGGUCCUAAUUUUUCUCUGCAUCAAGUAUGUCCCGGUCCCACAUGUUAAGCCUGAGGAGCGGUUUCUUGUUGGUCGUGUUGGCCCCAAAGAGUGCAGGCUCUACAGGUGCAUCGUUCGAUAUGGAUAUCGUGACAUUCACAAGGAUGACAUUGAUUUUGAGAACGAUCUUGUAUGUAGUAUAGUCGAGUUCAUACGCUUUGGGAGCACUGGAUCCAAUAAAACAAUUGAAGAGUUGGGGAAGGAUGAGGACAAAAUGACAGUGGUCGGGUCGUGUUCUACGCAUGCAAAUGGGAUUCAAAUAUGUGGGGAUGAUGUGAGCAAUGUAGAGCCAGUUGGGUCAUCAGAACUUAGAGAGAUAAAUUCAUCACCGGUGAUAAAACCACAAAAAAGGGUAAGGUUUAUCGUGCCGGAGAGCCCAAAAAUAGACGCCAGUGCAGGGGAAGAAUUGCAGGAGUUGAUGGAAGCUAGAGAAGCUGGGAUAGCUUACAUACUGGGGCACUCGUACGUGAAAGCAAAGCAUGGAUCUAGCACUUUCAAGAAGCUUGUAAUUGACUAUGGUUAUGAAUUCCUGCGGAGGAAUAGCCGUGCAAGCACGUAUGCAUUUAGUCUACCACAUGCAUGUACUUUGGAGGUGGGCAUGGUCUGCCAGGUUUGAUUUUACUCCCUCAAAAUUUGUAGUUUAUGAUGUACAUUCUGUAGCCCUAUGCAAUAGUGAAAGACCCCCUCCUGUUGGAUGGUGGAAAAGAGAGCUUACACAGUUCAGUCAUUUUCGCACUGCAGGUCUUGUCCAGCACAUUGUAUCUUUGCAAUAAUAAAACUCUUUCAAAUUUCUCUA